AUGGUAAUAGCAGCUGGUGCAGGAAAUUUGGGGCAAGUUUCGAAUGCGCUCCAUUCGGAGGCAAUGGCAAUGUUGCAUGCCAUAAACGCAGCUAUUCAGAUGGGUUGUCACUGUGUCAUAAUGGAGACUGACUCUGUGCAACUUCAGUCAGCAGUGAACAAUGAAGACUAUGAUCUCUCUACAUUAGGAGCUAUUUUCAAAGAUAUUAAAUUUAAGCUGAGAGUAAGCUUCAAUCAUGUAACUGUUGUGUCUUGUCCUAGAACUUGUAAUGUAGUGGCACACUGUUUAGCAGUGUAUGGUACUAAACUAGGAGCUGGCAUAAGUGAGAUUUGGCUUGAUGAGAGUCCAGACUUUGUAAAUGACGCUGUUGCUGGCGACUUGUCCAGCAUUGGUUCUUAA